AUGGACGAUCUGGUCGACCUGAAUUGGUCUUCACCGCCUAAAUCGAAUCCAGUCAAAGCCCCUUCCCCUACUUCAAAUGUCAACACGCCUUUUGACUUCCUAUCUAUCUCCAAACCACUCACAGCUUCUGGACCUGCUACACCGAACUAUUACUCUUCCACCCCUUUGCGAUCCUCAACACCUUCUCAUCCCUCAGUUCAGCCCAACAAUGGACCCAGAAUCUUUGCAGCCCAUAACAUUAAACCACUCUCAAGAAGUGCUACUCCCCAACAGUCUUCCUCUCCAAUACUAUCUCAAGGCGCAGGAUCCGGAUCAGGUCUAGACGCGUUCUCAUCGUUACUAUCCAUGCCUGCAAAAACUUCUACUGUGAACAAUAAUAUGAGUAUGGCAGAGAGACAGAAAGCUCUGGAAGACGAAAAGAAGCGUAAAGAUGAGGAAGAACGGAAGAAAUUCGAAGCGGAAGGUGAAUUUUGGGAUAACUUGGGUGGUACCAGCGGUGUAGCUAGUAGUAGCAAUCAGCCGAUCGCUCCCGUCAAAAACAAACCACAAGAUGAUUUCGAUGAUUUCCUCAAACCUGCUCCUGUAUCCAACAGAAGUAAAAGUCCACUUCGGCCUCCAUCUUCAAACAGGUUUGGGUCCAAUACACCAACUUCUGGACCUUCCAAAUCAUCUUCUUCGUCUGGUUCGUUCUGGGAUAAGCAUGACAAUUCAGAUGAUCUGCUUGAUGCUCCAAGUAGCUCAAAGAGGCUACCGCAGAGCAACAUCAAUUCCGCACCUCCAGCUGAUCCAUUCGAUUUUGACGCUUUAUCCGCUUCUAUGACUCAACCUCAACCUCAACCUCAACCCAAACGUAAUGGUGGAACAGGGAAUAAACACGUCCUGGAUAUGGAUGAGGAUGACAUUCUUGGUGACUUAGGUAGACCUGUAGAUGCUCGUAAUCCUGUAAGCAUUGAGCCUGGUCCAUCUCGAGUGGAUAAACAACCUACACGAUCUGCUAUACGAGCGAUGUCUCCUCCACCUCACAUAGUAGGUCAAAUAGUCGAAAUGGGAUUUUCACCCGGACAAGCUCGACAAGCUCUGGAUCAGACUUCAACAGGAUUAGAUGUACAAGCCGCUCUCGAAAUUCUCUUGGGUGGACAAAAUUCUCGUCCCGAUUCAGGCGCAAGAAUCACAUCUCAACAGAGAAACGAGUUUGUGGAUGACGACGAAAAUGAUGAGGAUUUUGUGGAACGUGAAAGACAAAGAAGGGAAGAAGAAGAACGUGAACGUCGUAGACGGCGUCGUCAAGGACCUUCGAGAGAAUCUGUUAAAGCUCGUUCUGCUGAAGAUCGUCAACAAGAAGAAUCGGCUCAGGAACAAGCUGAAAAGAUUCUCGCUCAAGCUUCAGAACUUGGAACUAAUAUGUUCAAUAAAGCCACCAGCUUUUGGAAUAGUAGUAAAGAGAAAGCUCUGAAAGUCUACGAAGAACAGAGAAAAGUCAUGGAGGCAAACGCCGCUGCAGCUGCUAGUGCGACUGCUACAGGAGAAGGUGGAAAACCUGUAAAAGAUGGUCGACCCAAAUGGAUGACGGAGAAUCUGGAUGAUGAAUGGAAAGAUGAUAUAGGCGGAAAAGAAAAAAGUGGAUUUAGAGAUGACGAUGAUCUCGGGCAUAAUCAAGCUAGAGAUAGACCUUCAAAUAAUGCUGGACCAUCUAGAAGACAACCUGUCCCCAGCUCUUCGUCAUCAAAUGGUCGAAGUACCAAUGGCUCCUCAACAUCUGCAUAUAAGUCAUCGAAGGAGAAAGCAGACCUUCUUUUUGCCGAUGAAGCGCCAAGAUACAUAUCACCCGCCCGACAUUUGAAAAAAUCUUCUCCUGCUCCAACACAUUCGCCUGCUCCAGUGAAGCCUUUACCAUCCCGACAACUCGUCCCCGCGACAAACCAACAGCUUCAAACUUCAGCUUCGCACAAGGCAAAGGGUAACGAAUAUUUCAGACUUGGGCAAUUCGCAGAAGCUGAAUCUUCUUACACUUCUGCUAUAUCAUCCUUACCUGAAGGAAAUCUUCAUCUCAUUCCUUUGUAUAAUAACAGAGCUGCAGCAAGGUUGAAACUAGGUGACUCUGCUCCUGCAGCAGCGGACUGCACUAUCGUAAUCGACCUCAUUGGCCCAACUUAUCAUCCUUCGAAAGAGAUUCCACUACCUCCUGAAAUUUUCAAAGAAGUCAAACUUGCGGAUGGAUUGGUCAAAGCUAUGACCAAGAGGGCUCAAGCGUGGGAAAUGGGAGAGAAGUGGAAAAAUGCUGUAGAUGAUUGGGAAAAGAUCAUGGGUUUAGACAUGAAUAUGUUGAGUUCUGGAGCUAGUACUACUAGGACCUUGGCUGCGGAAGGAGCUAGGAGAUCUAAGAAGAUGCUUGAAGGAGAUGAUCGUGGUGUUAAGGCUUCCGACCUAUUUACCAGCUCCUCUUUCACUGCGCCAAAGCCAAAACCGAGAUCAAGACCUGUGGCUUCGAAUUCAAAACCUGCCGAUGUUGAUAAAUCAGCUGCAGUAUCGGAAUUAAGAGCGGCUGCAAAAGCCUUGGAAGUAGAAGAUGAACAAAGGCUCGAAUUCAAAGAUGCCAUUGAAGCUAAAUUGAACACCUGGAAGAAUGGUAAAGAAACUAAUCUGAGAGCUUUAAUAGCUUCGCUUAGUUCGGUACUCUGGGAUGAUAUUCUCAAGGGAGGAUUGAAAGUUGGAAUGCACGAGUUGAUCAGUGAGAAACAAGUCAAGAUCAAAUACAUGAAAGUUAUAGCUAGAUUGCAUCCUGAUAAACUCAAUUCGCAAAAUACCACUGUCGAACAACGAAUGUUAGCCAAUGGUGCCUUUGGAACGUUGAACGAGGCAUGGCAAGUAUUCAACAAGUAA